CUCUGUCCUGAGAUGGUGCUGUAAAGCUGUGUGUGAUCGCAGGACAUCGGGGUGACUGGACUCACAGUUUCCUGAAGCUGAUCAUCUAAAACAUCUAAAAAAAAUUGUUCUGUGCAUCAAUGGAGCCACCAAAAUCCUUGAGUAAAGGUGUCAGUACAGGAACUACCAUAGUUGCGGUAAAGUACAAUGGAGGUGUUAUCAUUGGUUCAGACUCCAGGGCCUCAAUGGGUGGGACAUAUGUGUCAUCGAAAGUCAUUAACAAGCUGAUCCAGGUUCAUGAUCGGAUAUAUUGCUGCAUUGCUGGUUCAUUGGCAGAUGCACAGCAUGUCACAAGAGUGGCCAAGUUUCAUCUGUCUUUCCACAGUAUACAGAUGGGGUCUCCUCCUUUGGUGAAAGCUGCAGCCACUGUGUUAAAGGACUUGUGCUACAGCAAUAGGGAAGAUCUGUCAGCUGGUUUCAUCACAGCAGGCUGGGACAAGAAGAAAGGGCCACAGGUGUACACAGUAUCUAUGGGAGGCAUGCUGAUUAGUCAACCCUUUACCAUCGGUGGAUCUGGUAGCACGUAUAUCUACGGCUACAUGGACGCCAAGUACAAACCAGAUAUGAGCCGAGAGGAGUGCGUUCAGUUUAUAACAAAUGCUUUGGCAUUGGCUAUUGGCAGAGAUAACGUGAGUGGUGGCAUUGCUCAUUUGGUGGUGAUUACCGAAGGUGGAGUUGAACAUGUGGUUGUUCCUGGUGAUAAAUUACCGAAGUUCAGUGAUGAAUAAAUAAUAAUGAAAGAUGGUAGAGAGAGUACACUAAUGUAGUAUACUUAUUCAUGACAAUCUGCAAAGACAAAAAAAAAAUGACUUUUUAAAAUCCCCCUGUAGAGAACAUAUUCAGUGAAUAAGAAGCCAUUUGUCCAUAGCCUUCUUCAAAAUGAGAUUUUCAAAUAAAAUUUCUUUUUCAAGAAAAUGAA